GCAGUACUCUUCAGUCAUUUCAAUUAAGAAGUUCUAAUUUUUAUAAGAUAGUUAAAUGAAAGUUAUAAUUGUGUUUUCGGCAUUAAUUGCCAUUGCAGUUUCAGGGCCAAAAGAUGAUAAAAUUGAUUUAAAGAAAUUAUGUGAAGGAAUUCUUUACAGUUCACUGCCACACCCAACAGAUCCAAAUUCCUUCAUUGGAUGUUCAAAAGAGAAAGGAACAGUAAUUAAAUGUGACCACAAAGAUGAAAUUUUUGACCCGUUCUUAGUCACUUGUUCGAAAGAAAAUAAAAAUGCGAACGGAAAUAGUGAAAACGUGUGCAAUGAUAUUUCCUUCGGCAUGCUACCGCGUGAAAAUAAUUGUGAAGAAUACAUCGCUUGUGAAAACUUUACGGCACAUUUGAGAAAAUGUCCGAAGAAAAGUAUUUUUGAUCCUAAAUCACAAGCUUGUGUCAAAGGUGAUGCGAAAAAAUGCACAUUUAAAAAGAAAUCAUCAUCAUCAUCUUCAUCAUCAUCUUCUUCAUCAUCAUCAUCAUCGUCAUCGUCAUCAUCAUCAAGUGAAUCAGGAGAAACUACAAGAAGAAGCACUACAACAAGAAGAACAACGACACCGAGAACAACGACAAGUAGAACAACUACCACGAGAAGCACGACAACACCAAGCACGACAACUGCGAGAACUACAACAACCAGAAGAUCCACAACGCCUAGUACUACAACAGAAAGAACUACAACGGAAAGAACUACAACAACGAGAAGAAGAUCCACCACAACACCUUCUUGGAAUACAACCGAAAGUACUCCUUCAUGGAACACAACAGGAAGUACACCUUCGUGGAAUACAACCGGAAGUACUCCUUCAUGGAAUACAACAGGAACCACACCCUCCUGGAACACAACUGGAACCACACCUUCAUGGAACACAACUGGAACCACACCUUCAUGGAAUACAACAGACACAACUUGGUUCCCUCCCUUGAAUACCACAACAUUGAAUCCCAAUCUGACAACUCCUUCGUUGAUUACAACAACAACAACUUGGUUCCCUGCAUUGAAUACAACAACUACUCGACCAAUCGAUGAACCAACCAGACCACCUUACUUUGAAAUAUCGUUUGAAUGCCCAACAAGUGGUGUUGGAAAUAUUCCCCAUGAAGAAUCCUGUGACCGCUACUACGAAUGCAUCUUAGGCGUAAAAAAUCCAAGAAGAUGUCCGGAUGGCUUAUACUUUGACGCUAUAAGCAGACAAUGCAAGUCACCCGAAACAGCUUUGUGUGCUGACUUUAUCAGAUGUCAGAAAUAUUAGGCAAAACUUUUAAUCUUUAAACAACAAAAUCAUUUUUGUAUUUAUAAAAUUUUUAUUCAAUUCUUCAUUUACAUUGAACACUUUAAACUGUAAUGGAAAUUUAAUGUCAUCAGUUGAAUAUUAAAAAUAAUUUAUAAUCAGAAUUAAAAAUGGAAUUUCUUCAACUUAAUUUUAUUUAUUCGUAGUAAAGUUGAAAUGAUUAUGGCGUAACAAGAAGUAACGUCUUACAGAGACAAUGAGAAGCUUCAAAACAAAAACAUAAAUAAGGAAAUAAAAGAAGAAG